UAUGUUUUAAUUGUUUUAUUAAUUUGCAGCCAGUUGCUUGGGGCCGCAAUGCAGCCGCCGGGCAUUGGCCCGCAGAUGGGCCUUUUUACAAUAAACAAUCAGAAAUUUCCUCUUUACGAGGGUCUAAACACAAUAGGACGCAACAGAGAGGCCGUGGUGAAUAUCAAGCAUGUUCUCAUUAGUCAACAUCAUGCGCUUAUUACGGUACUGGACGGGAAGUUUUUCAUCAGCGACCUGAAAUCCAGCAACGGCAGUUUCCUGGAAGGUAUGCGACUGGUUCCCUUGAAAAUGUAUCCUUUCAAUAACGACGCCAAAAUCACCCUGGGGAACUUGCACGGAACCUUCACUAUCACAUCGGAUCCCCCCCUUGAGGAGCGAUUGGUUGAGACUCAAACUCAGUCAUUAUUUGAUGGAGGCACCCAACUGAUGCAGUCCACUGGGAAUGUUCAGGAAGAACUCACUCAGAAGAUUUUGUGGCCCCCGUCGGUUCCCACGUAUGUACCAGGGCUUCAAAUCGGCGAAAUCCAUGAUGAGCCUUUGUCGGUUUUGGAAAAUUAUGUUGAACUCGAACCAGAUCCACAGUUGGAAAGGGUUGAAGAUCUGCCUUCUUCGCCUGUGGUGAUCAGCGACAAUGAAGUCACGGACUGUGAGGAAAACCCUGGUCCUAGUGGAGAGCAUGAUGCAAAUAACCAUGAGGCCACGUUUUGUGACAAAAGUAAUGAAUCUCUGGAGUUUUUGAACCAGUCCCCAACCACGGCACAGCCUAAUGGAGAAGAAAGCCGCGAUUCCAGUGAUGAUGAUUCUUUUGCGUUCAAGCGAACCCGGAAGUCUUUUAUGGUGAUUUCCACUCAGGAUCUUCAAGAAAACGCGAGUGAGUCCAGCAGCCAUCAGUUGGAGGAAACGAUUCCAGCCACCCAAUAUCCAUCAGCCCUGGAGUUGAAUGAAAGCGACAUUAUUGCGGCCACUCAAGCUUUGCGCCCGGAUAGUCAAAGCAGCGAGUCGGAGUUUUUCAAAUUGGGGCUAACGCAGUUGAUGGAUUCUAGCCUGAACGGGAUCACAAGUCAGGCCGCAGAACCAGCACCAGAAGAAAACGAAUCAAUCGACACAACCCACGUGAGCCUCACUCAGGCCGUGCAGAACAACGAAGACAUCUAUGAGGUAGCCACUCAAAAAGUUGCGUCCACUGCCGACGAGACGUUCAAUAUCUUUGACGCUCCCACUCAAAAACUCCGCACAGUGGAGGAUUCAUUUCUUCAACCCACACAACCGAUGUUCUCCGAAGCGCUAGAAGACGUUGACUAUGACAGCCCCACUCAGAAAGUCUCUGACGAUGAUGAUACCUUUCUGGCACCCACUCAGAAGCUGAGCUUCAGCGCGGCUGCACCCAAAGAGAAUGAGGACUUUUUCUUGGCUCCAACGCAGAGGGUUCUGCUUCCGAAACGGGUGUAUUCCUUCAAGAAAACCAAGUGCAAUCUAGAUGCUUCGCUUUCGGUUUUGGCCGUAGGUGAAGCUGAAACUGGCCAAGCGAAACUCGAUUCUGCAGCAACGGGGAAGAAAACCGACGACGAAGUCAUUGCUCAUCCAGAUAAAGAAACAUUCAUGGAUAGUCCAACUAGGGAUAUUUCCAAGCCUCAAGAUGCCGAAGAUGUUGAGGGUUUGCAGGCGAAACAGGACACAGCCACGGGGGUUAAAGGCGAGGAUUAUUUCAAAACAAGUAAUGCGGUUAAACUGCAAGCGAAGAAAAGUGAAAGCCAUGUAAAAAUACGCGAGUCUUUGAAUGAUGAAGAAAUCGAAGCCAAGCCUAAACAGGCCCCUGGAAACCGUGAAACUUUUGCGGCUGGUGAAAAUACAUGCAGCAAGCCCCAGCUGCCGAACGGUUCCCACUCGUCUGUAGAGGCCAAAUCUGAAGAAACGAUCGAUAGAACAUCUAUGCCCUCUAAACGCGAACGAGCUGCAAAUUCUAUUAACCCUUUUAUCAUCGAAGACGCUAAAGAAAGAUCUGACAAAACCUUUAAAUGCCCUGAAAGUAGUUAUGUAGCUUCUGAUGCUAAUCAGGAAACGGUUCGAAGUGACUGCAAAAACUCCCAAAUAAAUGGCGAAAUUCCCGUUGAGGCCAAUAAUGAUGAACCAGCCAAGUCGGGACACAAUUUUGCUAGCGAAGAUAUUGAAAAACCCCCCAAAAGGCUGAAGAGACAGUGCCGAAUUAAACCAUCUGUGGAGGCUAAAAGUGGGGAUAAACCUAAAAAACCGACUAAUCUCGAGGAAGAUGUAGCAGCAGUCUGUGUAGAGGAAACAAGCAAAGAAGAAAUAGCAAACCCGACUCACAUCGACCAAUCGAUGGCAUUGCUGGCUUCAAAAAUGAUCAAAACGAGGAAGACGACCAAAACUGAGGAAAUCCGAAUCAACUUUCCGAAAGAGAGGAAAAGCAUGGCGUUAAGUGUGGAUGAAGAGGAGAUGCCAAGGAGCCGGCGAGCGGCAGCAGAAGGAAAGCGCGCCAAGACCUCAAAGCCGAAUGAAAAACCACCAGCAACAAAAGCGGCCAAACGAGCCAAUAAAGAACGGGCCGCAGAUGAAGGGAGCUCAUCCAAGAAACAGAGGCUUCAAUCAGAAGACUCACCGAGAGGAAACCUGCGGAAACAACGCCACAAAGUGGUCUUCACCAUGCUGAACAGCCCCCAAUUGGAAUCUCUGAUCAAGCAACUAGGCGGCAGCAUUGUGGACUCGGUGGACUCUUGCACCGUUCUGAUCACUGAGCACGUGAAAAGGUCUCAGAAGCUCCUAGAAGCCAUUGGCAGGGGACGACCGAUCUGCUCACCUCAAUGGGUAUUGGACUCGAAACGCGCCAAGCAGUUCCUAGAUCCUUGGGACUAUAUCCUGACCGAUGCGGAAGCGGAGACAAAUUGGGAAUUUUCUCUGAACGAGUCGUUGCAACGGAGCAUGGCGCAGAACCUGCUGAAGGACUACAACUUCUAUAUCCAAGUGACCAAUGGAGUGGACGUCCUUAAAGGAGGAAUUAAGGCCUGCGGCGGCAAAUGUCUGGCGCGGAUCCCAUCCGGGCCCCUUCAGCACUCCUAUGUGAUUUCGACGGUCGAGAAUCGCAUAAAACACAACAAAAUCCUGCAGAAACAUCCGCAUUUCCAGGCCAUAGAAGCCGAAGCUGUGUUUGAUGCGAUUUUGAGGCAGGAAAUCCGAUUUUCUCGGCAUAUUAUAAUUCUCGAUCACUCCGCAAUCGUACAUCAACCCACUUGCUUCUGGAUAUGGAAACACCCUGUAGAUGAUGUUAAAUGGCCAAUAAGGACCGGGAAAUUAAUGAAUAUUAAUAUGACAAUGGAUCCGGCCUAUAAGAAAUCUGCAAAGGUCGCCCCAGUUAAUUAAGCGACAUUCGUGGACCUUUUUUUCAAACCAGUUUUUUCUUGACACAAAAUGUUACCUUUGCCGGUCCCGUUAAGCUCUUAAAACAGCGAAAAUAUCCAGGAAUUUUUAACGGGAAAAUCGUCAUUGGAAAACCUCACGACUGUCAAAUGAAAAACUUUCGGAUUAUUUCCCAUAUAAGUGAAGAAAACAUGUGUAAAAAUUGAAAAACCGAACCGAAGCUGUUAUGCUGAGAUUAGUCAGAAAUGCAGGAAUUUCGAGCUGCACUGGCAACAUUGCUUCAAAUGGUUAUGCCUGUGUAAGGGCUAAACACGGACAUUUUUUUCAAGAGUACAUACAGGUCAACAGUGCACUAAUUU